AGCCAUUGCCAAUAGGAGAGAAGAAGCCUAGAAGAUCCGCGUAGCGUUUUCCCUUCUUUUCCUUUCUUCGUGCACCGUGCAGCGCAGCAUCACGCGCAUUCCCUCACACAUCCGUAAACAGUCGCGUCUUCUUCGACACACCACACGCGCGCACUGACGAAAUAAGCAAACAAGACAACGAUCCUCUUCUACCUCCUUCUUAGCUUUGCAAAAUGGAUACGGCGGGCCACGAAGCCGCAGAGCCGCAUCCAUCGGUGCCGCAGGAGGAAGGCGUGGCGGGGCACCAUGGCGAAGCACACGCCGACGCGGAGUACGACGAGGGAGACGCCACGGCGACGGAUGACCUCGAGAUGGAGGGGGCAGGGGCCGGCGACAACGAUGAAGAGAGAGACGAGGAGGAAGAGGCCGCCUCCACCGCUGACGUCGACAUGGAUGCGGACGAGGAGGACGAUGAAGAAAUGACCGACGAUGAGGAGGAAGAGGACGAAGAGGAGGAGGAGGAGGAGCAACAAAUCGAGGUGUACCCGCUGCCGCCCCUCCCACCCGUGCACGCCCCGCCAAAGGUGCACGGCAUCGCCACCACGGAGGUCUACAGCAUUAUCCGGGAGCUGCGGCGUCAGAUGGAUGACCCGGUCGAGCGGGAGCGGGCACGGUCCAUGUUGCAGGGCGACACGGACGUGUUGCUGGCGGUGGCGCAGGUGCUGCAGGAGGCGCACCUUCUUCGCCGGUCGACGGUGAACGAGCACGGGGAGGUAGAGGAGCAGUUGGUGCGGCAGCCCGAGGCGCCGAGGCCGUCCUUGCCGACGGGCCACAAUAGCUGGAUUGUAGAGACUCCAGCCAACGUGCGGCGGUGA